AUGGGUGGAGUGAAGGGCUUCAAGAUGCCGGCCCAGAUUCGGGUUCAGCUCUGGUUCGGCCUCUCAGUGGACGAGAAGGAGCUGAACAAGUUCGCUGAGGGGAAGCUCUCCGUCUUUGCCGAAACUUAUGAGAAUCAGACAAAGUUGGCCUUGAUGGGGACCUGGGGAACUGUAGGCCUCACCUACCCCAAGUUCUCGGACGUCACCAGCAAGAUCAAACUGCCCAAGGACAGCUUUCGCCCCUCUGCUGGCUGGGACUGGGCUGGGGACUGGUUCGUGAGUCCGGAGAAAACGCUGCUCUACGACGUGGACGCUGGGCACUUGAACUUCGUGGAAGAGGUGUUUGAGAACCAGACGCGACUUCCUGGAGGCCAGUGGAUUUACAUGAGUGACAACUACACAGAUGUG